GUCGCGAUUGGUCCAGGGUAUAUAUCCAAACUUCACCCAAACGACAACCAGUUAUUUGUGGCAUCUGCUGCCGUGGCCAAAUUUAAGAAAACUGUUGCUUUAGACACCAGUCAGCUGCACACUAAGAUAUCAAUGUCCCAACUUCGUCAAGUAACAACAUCUUUUUACCAUGCAAGUACGUUCAGCAGCUGGAGACGUUCGUUUGAACAUUUCUCUGACAUACAUUGCUCACCUGCCACAAUCUUUACACUUUGCGACUUACCAAGUUUUAAAGGAUACGGAUCAAACUCAACCUCAGUAACAAUGCUGUCUUCGCAAUUGCUGGCUGCAUUUGCUCUUAUAAAAGAUAGCAAAGCAUGGAUUCCCUUACAAGCAGUUGUUGAAAAAUUAAAAAUGGAAUUCAAAAACUCAACUCAAGUAAAUGUGUUCGAAUUCGCUUUCGUUACUUCGCUAUCAGCAGUUGCUGAAGCUGCUGGAGAACUGGCUCUCUACUACUUCUGCACCUUUUGUCCCAAAAAUAGUAAGCAAGUUCAAGAAGUAGAGAACUGA